AUGGAGCCUCGCGAUUGGGUGCACGUCGGCGCCCAUCCGCUGGGGCUUGCGUGGCGGAACGAUGGGCGGGAAUUGGUGGUUUGCGAGGCGACGAAGGGUCUCCUCCUAGUGGAUGUGGCGACUCGCUCCGUUCGUCUCAUCUCCAAUUCCUCCAAUGGAAUUCCAUUCAGAAUAACCGACAAUGCUGACGUGGCAAGUGACGGAACCAUCUACUUUUCGGAUGCUUCCUCGCACUUUCCCAUCUCACAUUUCUUCCUCGACAUUCUGGAACAGAGGCCUUAUGGGCGCCUGCUGAGAAUCAACCCAGACGAGCAGCUGGCAGAUGUGCCACGUCAUGAAGAGGAUGAGCAUGCCACGUCAGCACCUGCCGCGUCAACAGGGAUUGCCAGCGAGGCGGGGCCUGUCGAGGCUGAGACGCUCCUGGAUGGGCUGUACUUUGCGAAUGGAGUGGCGCUGUCGCAAAAUGAGGACUUCGUUGUGGUGGCUGAAACUAGCAGGUAUCGCCUGACCCGCUAUUGGCUGAAAGGGCCGAAAGCGGGCACAUCCGAAAUGUUUCUGGACAACUUGCCGGGGUCGCCGGACAAUGUCAACAGCAACAGAAAGGGUCUCUUCUGGGUGUGCCUUGUGAUUCCAAGGCAGCCAAUCAUGGACCUGAUCCAUCCCUUCCCUCUCCUGAAGGCCCUGAUUGGCCUGUUGCCUCUCAAGUACCUCCAGCCGCCUUUCCUCGCUCCCAUGAUGCGCCAUGCUGGCGCUGUGCUGGCGGUGAAUGAAGAUGGGCAGGUUGUGAAAUUUCUUAGUGACCCGACAGCGAAACAUGUGGGGGGGUUUACAAGUGCACGGGAGGUUGAUGGCGGGAAGGAGCUGGUGUUUGGCAGCCUGCUGAACAAUUUCAUUGGUCGAGUCGCUGUGGAAUGA